CUAUUCUCUUCAAAAUUUUAAAAAUAAAAAUUAAUAAUGCAGUCACACUGAAUUUUGUGGAAUUCCGCGGAUACAGAAAAGGCAACGGCUGCAGCAGGGCAAACACCGAAAAGUAGUGGAAAAAACCAGUGGCAAUAUAUCGCGGGCGCGUGUUGAAAUACAUACACAGGCAAACGGGCACGUAGGAAAGUGUGAGGACUGACGCAAAGAGAAAAGAGAGCAGAGCUACACAGCUGCAGAUAAAGUGUUAAAUUAACAAAACCAACAAACACGUAGAACAACACGCGCCAGUUUGGAAGACAUUGGUGUAGCUGUGCUGGAGCCAGAGAGCCGCAUGGACGAAGAAGUCAUCGAGAUUAGCGACAGCGAACGCGAGGAAACCGAAUCGACCUCUGAAAUGGACGUUGAGCUAACGGAACAGCAGACCGCCGAUGCGGAGCAGAUUGUGCCCAAGGACGCGGGAACCAUUGCCGAAGAGAAAAAGAAACUGGGAAACGAUCAAUACAAGGCACAAAAUUAUCAGAAUGCGCUCAAACUCUACACGGAUGCCAUCUCGUUGUGCCCCGACUCGGCCGCAUAUUACGGCAACCGGGCUGCCUGCUACAUGAUGCUCCUCAACUACAAUAGCGCCCUCACGGAUGCCCGCAACGCCAUACGCAUCGAUCCAAGCUUCGAGAAGGCGUACGUACGUGUGGCCAAGUGCUGCCUGGCGCUGGGCGACAUCAUUGGCACGGAGCAGGCCGUGAAGACUGUGGCGGAGCUGAAUGCCCAGAGUACGGCUGUCAGUGGAGAACAGGCGGCGGCACAGACGCUCCGCCAAUUGGAGACGACCAUACAGACCAACUACGACUCAAAGGCAUAUCGCAAUGUGGUCUACUACCUGGACAGUGCCCUGAAGCUGGCUCCCGCUUCCAUUCGAUAUCGUCUGCUGAAGGCCGAAUGCCUGGCCUAUCUGGGACGCUGCGAUGAGGCCUUGGACAUUGCCGUGGGCGUGAUGAAGCUGGACAGCAACUCGGCGGACGCCAUUUAUGUGCGCGGUCUGUGCCUCUACUACACGGACAAUCUCGAUAAGGGUAUCCUGCACUUUGAGCGCGCACUGACCCUCGAUCCCGACCACUACAAGUCGAAGCAGAUGCGCAGCAAGUGCAAACAGCUGAAGGAGAUGAAGGAGAACGGCAACAUGCUGUUCAAGUCGGGGCGGUAUCGUGAGGCGCAUGUGAUUUACACGGAUGCUCUGAAGAUCGAUGAGCACAACAAGGACAUCAAUUCGAAGCUGCUCUACAAUCGGGCACUGGUCAACACUCGCAUUAGUGCUCUCCGGGAAGCAGUGACCGACUGCAGUCGCGUCCUCGAGCUGAACUCGCAGUAUCUGAAGGCCUUGCUGCUUCGUGCCCGCUGCCACAAUGACCUGGAGAAGUACGAGGAGGCAGUGGCCGACUAUGAGACGGCCCUCAACCUGGAGAAGACCACCGAGAUUAAACGUUUGCUGCGCGAGGCCAAGUUUGCCCUGAAGAAAUCAAAGCGAAAGGACUACUAUAAGAUAUUGGGUAUUGGGCGGAAUCCAACCAAAGAUGAGAUUAAGAAGGCGUACCGCAAGAAGGCUCUGGUGCACCAUCCGGACAGGCAUGCCAACAGCAGUGCCGAGGAGCGCAAGGAGGAGGAGCUGAAGUUCAAGGAGGUAGGCGAGGCCUAUGCCAUACUGUCGGAUCCGCGCAAGAAGGCGAGAUACGACAGCGGACAGGAUAUCGAGGAGCAAGAGCAAGCCGAAUUUGAUCCGAAUCAAAUGUUCCGUACGUUCUUUCAAUAUCCAAACGAACCCAAUGCCUCCUUCUCCUUUGAAUUUUAAAACGAACAUCAAAAGAGAACAGCGAGGACCACUCACAUUCUGCCUCCACGAUGGCCAGCGCAGCGACAUACAACAACAACAACAACAGAUUAAUCCACACACAGCCAACGCACAAAUGGGAAUCAUAAUUUUGAUUUUUUUUGCAUCCAUUGUGGCCGCCGCAUCCAUAGAGAAUACAACAAAAUAUAUUGUGCAUGUUGAAGAAUUGAAUUUUUUAUGUGAAAUCAGAAUAGCAAAACGGCGAAAGGCAAAUUUCUAAUGUUAUAUUCCUUACCCCUGCCACCACAUUGUAAAAGUUAAUUUUAAUCUCCUCCUACUCCUACCACCCACCCGGGGCGGCAUUCAAACAGUUGUCCAAAAUUUUCAAAUAUAUGUAAAAAUAUUUUAAAACAAAAUGAGAGGCUGCUCGAUGAAUGUGUGUCAUUUAAGUAAAGUCGUACAACUUUUUCCUGCGGCCCAACAAGUCAUGUGUGAUUGAUUAAUUAAUGGUUAAACAAUGCGUAGGUCUACCGUGUAACCAAUCUUUAUUUUGUAAUCUUUAAGCCAGACACUUAAGUUGUAUUUUUAAGUUACAAAAACAAAACAAUGUUAAAACACAAAUAAGCA